AUGCUGUUCAACAAGUCCAUCUUCGUCGUUGCCGCUAUGGCUCUGACUAACGUCGUGGCCGCUGGCAACCCCCAGACCCCCGCCUGCGUUCUCAAGAUCAUCGGCAACCAAGCCAACCCGGCCGAUGCGAAGACUAUCUGCGGCCCCAGCGCCGGCAAGAUCCAGUCCGAUAUCUCCAAGAGCUGCCCCGACAGCGAGACCUCCUUGAAGUUCUUCGUCAGCAACUGCGCCCAGCUUGGCCACAAGAUUGAGCCGUCUGCUGUCAUGACCGCUACCUCUGGCAGCGCUACUGGUGGCAGCGCUACUGCUACCGGAUUCGUCACUGCUACUCACACUGGCGGCGGUGCUGGUGCUACUGGUACUGGUGCUACUGGUACUGGUGGUGCUGGUGGUGGUGCUGGUGGUGGUGCCGGUGGCGCUACUGGAACUUCUGGCGCGGGCGCUGGUGCUGGCGGUGCCACUGCCACUGGGACCGAGGGUGCUGCGGAAGCUACCUCCACCUUCAACGCCGCCUCCUCCGACCGUCAGUUCUCUGCUACCAGCCUUGUAGCUGCUAUCUUCCUCGGCGCCGCUGCUUUGCUGUGA